AUGAAGGUCAGAAGACACCACCUACCGGAAGCAGACCGGCCCGGGCCGCCCGAGGGCAGCCGGGGGCGCAGCGCCGGGCCCCGCCCCGAUCCCGCCGUCUUCCUUCCGGGGCAGGGCAGGGCUGCGCUGCGCUGUGCCGUGCCGCUGCCUCUGCGGAUGUUGCCGCCGCGGGGCUGGGGCCGCGGCGGCGGCGGCGUGGCGGCACGGUGCGUGCCGUCCCUGUCCGCCCUGUCCGAGGUGCUGCGGCUGGAGCAGAACCGGCGCACCGGCAUCGUGUUUCCGCUACAGAAGCUGGCGCGCUGCCUGGCUCCCGGCGUGGACACGGCGCGGUUCAGCCUCUUCCAGCCCGGCCUGGCCGCCCUGCAGCGCGCCGAGGGGCUCUUCAGGUCCGACCGCGGUCACGCCAUCGACUACGUGAGCUCUGCAGUCCGCAUGGACCAUGUCCCACCGCCAGACCUGCCUGAGGUGUGCUUUAUCGGCCGAAGCAAUGUGGGGAAAUCGUCCUUAAUCCGGGCCUUGUUUUCACUCUCCCCAGAAGUGGAGGUCAGAGUGUCAAAAACUCCCGGCCACACCAAGAAGAUGAAUUUCUUCAAAGUAGGGAAGUACUUUACCCUGGUGGAUAUGCCAGGAUAUGGUUACCACGCCCCGAAGGACUUUGUGGAGAUGGUGGAAGCCUAUCUGCAGGAACGACACAACUUGAAGAGGACUUUUCUAUUAGUUGAUGGUGUAGUAGGACUCCAGAAAACAGAUCAUAUUGGAGUAGAGAUGCUGGAAGAGUUUGGAAUUCCUUAUGUGAUGGUGUUAACAAAAAUUGACCGAGCUUCCAGGGGAGUGUUGUUAAGGAAUGUAUUGGAGAUUCAGGACUAUGUCAAGGAGAAAACUCAUGGAUGUUUUCCUCAGUUAUUCCUGGUCAGUUCUCUGGAGUUUUCAGGGGUUCACUUGCUGAGGUGCUUUGUAGCCCAUGUUACUGGAAACCUAUCUACGGUAGAAUCCAGCUGAAAAAAAACUUGCUCCUUGAUCUGCUCAGCUCUCCCAGAACAAAAGGUACCAAAACCAGAGAUCUGGGGUUUUGUUGUAAAUAACUCAAGGUAUUAUAAUUUAUUUUUGGAUAAACUUGAGUAAAUUGAUAUUGUAAGGCUAAGUUUUUUGUUUUAUAAAUUCAUCAUAUCAGGAAGUUUGCAUUAUGAAUGAAUCCAGGUUGUUAUAAAACUUCUUUAAAACCUGAAUGAUUGUGCUAAGUAGAACUAAGCAAAGAGAAACUUCUAAGAGAAGCUGUUUUAAUAGAGCAUUUUCUCUCCCUUCUGCUAAAUUAUUCAAAAAGCUACCACUGUAUGCAUAAGCUCUGCUAUAUUUAGGACACUAGACAUCUGGUUAAUAAAAAGCCAUAAUAAAACUAUAUCCCUAAUGCCAAGCAGACUGGACUUGCCCAGUUGAAUUAACAC